UCACAAUCAACUACAAGAAGGAAGCUAGGAAGGCCAAAGUUAUCAUUAUAUUCUUUUGUUUUCUUUGCCCAUCCACCAUAUCAUGCAGCUCCUAUAGCUUAGCUGCGCUUUGCUACGGAGCUAGCUAGGAUCAUAUAGAGUCUGUCUUGUAGUUGAUUACAGCUUAAUUGGUACUGGAAUCAAAGCUUGAUUCAUUUCUGGCCUGGGUAUGUAUGGACGAUUCUACAUUACAUAUAUACUUAGCUUCUCUAUAACUAGAAGCGCUGGCCGGUUACUCUGUUUUUCUCUUGCUUUUGAUCGAAAUGGCCGGAAUUGUAUCUUUUCUUGAAGUUUUGCUUUCUGGGUGUUGAAAAUUCCAUCAUAUCGAUCUCUAGCUGACAGAAACACUAGCUAGCUAGCUAGCUAGAGCUUUACGUACGGUGGUCUGGUUUUGCCGAUCGGUCGUGCUUUAAGCGCUGACUGUUUAGUUUGAGAGAUAAAAAAUGAGUGAUCCGAAGAAAGGAGAAGCCAAGGACACGGCGGCGGCGGCGGCGAGCAAAGGAGAUGGGAAGGACACGACGGCGAACAAAGGGCCAGCGAAGAAGGAAGAGGACAAGAAUGUACAAAUACCAAAGGAUCAGCUUCAGGGGAUUUCUUAUUGCAUCACCAGUCAUCCUCCAUGGCCUGAGACCAUUCUUCUUGGAUUCCAACACUAUCUAGUGAUGCUUGGGACCGCUGUGAUUAUUCCCUCCGCUCUUGUUCCCCAGAUGGGAGGUGGAAAUGAGGAGAGAAUCAGAGUUAUUCAGACGUCUCUGUUUGUGACUGGGAUAAACACGUUGUUGCAGAGUUUGUUUGGGACCAGACUGCCUGCUAUUAUGGGAGGGUCCUACACCUUUGUUGUCCCAACCCUUUCUAUCAUCUUUUCUGGUCGUUGGAAUGACCCUGACCCCAUUUCGGUUUGUGCCCUAAACACUGACUCUUUUUUCUUUGGAUAACCUGUGAAAAUAUUAAAACUAAAUACCAAAUACAAAGCAAUUGCAGAAGGGCAUUCCCUUCAAUCCAUAUCUCACAGGCUCACAGCUAGCAAUAAAGGGGCAUCCCCCUCAUUCCACCUCUCACAAUAGCAUCAAAUAACAAGUCUACCACAGGAAGAAAAUCAACUAAAUAAAGCAAUCUGCACCAGCCCUUCAAAAGCACUCCCAAUCCUAACAAACAAUGGGAAGGGAAUUCAAAAAUCAAUCAUAUCAAAAUGAUAGUACGUAUACAAAAUUUUUUAAGUCAAAAUCUUAAUCUGCAAAAAUAUAUCAUGGACGGUGCAUGAGCAUGGCUUCUAUAAAAAAUUCUGGAAUUCCUAUUCUUCCAUAUACUGUACACACAGUACAACAAAAGGCCAAUCUGAUGAAUUUGCAGCUACCGAGCUCCCUUAUACUCUUUCUGACAACAUAUUAGUUUUUGCCACACUAGAAAUUCAAGAAGAUAAUGCGGGCCACACAAGGUGCAUAUAUGAUUUCCUCAACUCUUCAGAUAGUCCUCGGUUUUAGUAGUCUCUGGCGCAGCAUUACAAGUCAUUUGAGUCCGCUUUCAGCAGUUCCUUUGGUUUGCCUUGCUGGUUUUGGUCUAUACGAGCAUGGUUUCCCUGCGGUUGCAGGUUGUAUUGAAAUAGGAUUACCACAGCUUCUCAUCGUAGUCUUUAUCUACCUGUAUUUGGGUCGCCUCUUAAAUGGAGGGAAAGAUGGUUGUGUUCGUCUCGCUGUUGUAAUUUCGGUGACUAUUGUAUGGCUAUAUGCCUACAUACUUACGGUUAGUGGAGCCUAUAGUCACAGGUCACUAAAAACCCAAAACAGCUGCCAAACUAAUCGCUCUGGUCUCGUUCAUGCUGCCCCAUGGAUUAAGAUUCCAUACCCCUUUCAAUGGGGAGCACCUUCAUUUGAUGCGGGUGAUUCCUUUGCAAUGUUGAUGGCCACAUUUGUUGCUCUUGUAGAGUCCACAGGUGGGUUCAUUAUUGUUGCAAGGUUUGCAAGUGCAACUCCAGUUCCACCAUACGUUCUAAGCCGUGGUGCAGGUUGGCAGGGAAUUGGCAUUUUUUUAUGUGGGAUAUUUGGUACCGGAGUUGGAUCUUCUGUAUCAAUAGAAAGUGCUGGCCUUCUAGCAGCUACACGUAUUGGCAGUCGAAAAGUAGUUCAGGUCUCUGCUGGCUUCAUGAUUUUCUUUUCUAUUUUUGGGAAAUUUGGAGCAGUCUUAGCUUCAAUUCCAAUACCAAUAGUCGGCGCUUUGUAUUGCCUGCUUUUUGCUCAUGUUGGUGGUGGAGGUUUAACCUUGCUUCAAUUUUGCAACCUGAAUACCUACAGAACAAAGUUCAUUCUUGGCUUUUCCAUCUUUCUUGGUUUGUCCAUCCCUCAGUACUUCAACCAAUAUGCUGCCAUCAAUGGCUACGGACCUGUCCACACGAGUGGGAGAUGGUUUAAUGACAUAGUCAAUGUGCCGUUCUCGUCGAAAGCUUUUGUUGCCGGGGUUGCGGCAUAUUUCUUAGACAACACAACACGUACCAAGUCUGAAGCAAAGGACAGUGGGGUGGAGUGGUGGGCGAAUUUCAAGUCUCCCAAGUCAGACAAGAGAAACGCGGAAUUCUACAAACUCGCUUUUGAUCUUGACAAACACUCAUAUUAAAAUGUUUGAUUGGUAGAUGUAAUGAUCGUUCCAACUUUUUUCAUUCAUUCUCCUCCAAUGCAUGUUCAUGUGCACACAACCAAAUAUCUUAUUAUAUGUAUAUGUAUUAUAAUAUUUAUACUACGUAUAUACUAGCUAGUGUAAUCUUACAACUUGGCGCUGAUACCUAGAACAAUUAUUUAUUUGUUACAUAAUAUGCUCAUAGCCUCAUAUAGAAUGAUAUUAUUAUAUACAGAGUUUUGUUCCAAUGACAAUAACAUCUUAUAAC